AUGUCGGCACCUGCAGACCUGGAGGCGCCCGCCGCCGACCCUUCUCCGCAUUCCUCGCCAGGUCAAAAUGAGGCCACCCUUCGACAACGCGCCGCUGUGCAAGGCCUAGUGGGAAGCAGCUCGUUGGGUCGUGGAGACUCGCCGAACGAUUCUAGGACUGCGGGCCACUCUGACUCAGAAGUAGCAGCUUCCGCACAAAAUGGAAAGAAAGCAUACAACCUGAAACCAUUGGAUGGCAAUUCCAGCGCUUCAGCUGCUGCCCAGGGAGGAAGACCUCGACAAUCGCCCAAAGAACAUCUCGCGGAUCAUGCUGGGGUGCAAUCCUCUUUCCCCUGCUUUCCUGGUGACAGGGCGUGGGGCGAGAGGUCUUGGCUGUAUGAAUUCAUGCCAUUCAGAGGGAUGUACUACGAUGUGAGGCGUAGGCUGCCCUUCUACGCUUCGGACUGGACCUCGGCUUUCCUUCCCAAGAAUUGGUGGACCAUCCUCCAAAGCAUACCGAGGCUGUAUUUCAUCAAGUGAGUGCAUACACGCGCGUACAUCCGCCCGGCUCUGGUCGCAAAAUAAGUGCUGGUCAGGAAAUUAAGUGACCUGGAUGACGUAUGGUGCUAGUCGCCACGGCAGCAUCCGAGGUCCAGCUUCACUGACCCUGAUCUCUGCUCUCCAUGCCCCUUCUAGCUUGAUGCCUGCGAUAGCCUAUCUCCUCGACCUCACCCACCGCACCAAUGGCGCUUACGGUAUCAACGAAGUCAUCAUUGUCACUGCCUUGCCUCUCGUCGUAUUCUCGAUCUUUUCAGCUCAGCCACUGACCAUUGUAGGCUUCACUGGUCUCACAAAUUUGGUGUGCUAUACACAGUAAGUCGCAGCUUGAUGGCUCGUCAGCCCGCGAAAUCCAUACUGAUAGGCGCGCUCUCCGCAGAUACACCAUUGUCGUUGACCACUAUGGUCUUAGUCAGCUAGACUACCUGCGAGUGCAGGCUUGGGCAUUCAUUUGGGCGUGAGUGGGCGGCCGUGUCUGUACCCACGCGGUCCUCAAACACUCAAACUUCAUCUUCACGAUCGCAGGGCUGGGUUCCACUUCAUUGCCGCUUUGUUUAACCUGUGCGACUUCUCGCGCUUCAUCACCGACAUGACCUCGGCUACUUUUGGAUUGUAAGUCACUAUCAAGUUCAACACUCACAAAGCAAGAGUGUUGAACUCUCUGCUCAUCGUGUCUGCCUUUUGCGACCUAUAGCUACGUCGGAAUCGUGUACAUUCAGAAGGGGAUUGAGAUCUUGAUUUUGGAAUUCGAGCCAGCUCCGCUCGACAACGCGACUGGCUGGCUGAGCGUCGUGGUGGCCAUGCUGUUCGUGAUCUCUGUCUACCUCGUCAGCAAGGUGGCCAACACCUCUGCCCUGCCCUUCAAGCUUCGCUCUUUUGUCGGCGCUUUCGCUUUCGCUGCCGGCUGCUUGGUCUGGACAGGAUUUACUCACUUCCCAGAGAACAGUCUCAGACGCGUUCCACUUGAGCGUCUGCCAAUCACCAAGAGCUUCUUCCCGACGCUGAACAGAUCUUGGUUCAUCGACUUCUGGAACAUUGAGCUGCGGUGGGUGUUUGUGGGAGCCGGCUUUGGAUUUGGCAUCUUCCUUCUUUUCUGGUUCGAUCACAACGUAUCCUCCAUUAUGGCACAAGGCAGACAAUUUCCUCUCAAACGACCAGCAGGUUUUCAUUGGGACUUCUUCCUUCUCGGUGUCACCACCCUCGUCUCUGGCUUUCUUGGUUUGCCAGCACCAAAUGGUCUUGUGCCACAAUGCCCAUGGCACACCGACUCGCUCUCCGUCUACAAGCAAGUAGAUCCCGAUGCUGCCACUGAGAAUGAGGAGAAGGACCCUAAAGCCACCUCAAGGCAGCGCCGAGCCCCUGCCACGAUUGUGAAUACGCGCGUCGUCGAGCAGCGCGUCUCACACUUGAUAGUGGGCUUGCUCACAGUCGGAACAGCUACACGUCCACUCCUUGUGGCUCUGGGAACGAUGCCGCGCGCCGUCUUUGCCGGCAUCUUCAUUCUGGUGGGAUGGGCAUCGAUAGAGGAUAACAUCAUCACCACCCGAACACUGGCACUUCUCAGAGAUGACGCUAUGGCGGAUCCCAAGGAUCCCCUCCUGAAAGUCCGCAAGUCUAAAAUCUUCCUGUUCGUCGCUAUUCAGUGGCUAUUCUUCGCCAUGACAUUCGCCAUUAGUCAGACCGUUGCCGCCAUCGGGUUCCCCGUAAUCAUCAUUUUACUGAUUCCUUUCCGCUACUACUUGGUGCCGCGAUGGUUCUCCCCUGCGGAGCUCAAGAUUCUGGAUGCUCCGACUGCCGACUCUGACGUCGUCCUCGCCUCUAUCGGACAUUCUUUUGGUGUCACUGGAGCGGGCGAGCGAGUUGCACGCGACACUGGCAUUGCGGGGGAAUUAUGGGACGGCUCGGAAUUUGACGACGACGAAUAUGCAGAGUUCGGUGGCAGCAGAUUCAACAAGUCUCGCAGAGAUCUGUACGACUCUGAAGGCGCUGAGGGUGCUACUGCUUACACCAUCGGAGACGAGGAUGAGGGUGACCUCCCCCCUCGCAUCGAGACGCCGUUCCCAGGGCGCGCACCUAGCCCCUUCCAUUGGUAUCGCCCGCAAACACCACUCACUCCGCAGUUUGACGCGCGAGGUGGCCAAGAAAGCAGCGAAUCGCAAGAUGAUGUAGCACCACUUGCUCAUGCCCCACCUUCCUCGACUGUGCCUGCCGCAAUACCCAGGACUUGGUUCUCGCCAAAGAAGAGCAGCACCGAGAAGGCCACUGCGAGCGCGAGCGAGCCUGCCCUUUCCCAAAACAACCGCUCUCCAAUUGAGCCUGUGAAUGCGCCUCCCAUUCUCGCCGCCCCGCCCAUUGGAGGGGGCGAAACCUUGGAUGCAGAGAUCCUUUCUGCGCUUUCCAAUGGAGAUGCAGAGCCGGCGCCAGAGCCGUCGACAGCCCCGGCUGUGCUCGCGGCACCCCCAGUCUCUAGCAUCGCAGGCAAGGGAUCCACUCAAGUCGUAGAUGCGUCCGCAGAAAGCACUGCACAGAGCGGCCCAACAGCUCCUCAAGCUCUUGCUGCAGAUGCGGCUAUCACCGGCGCUUCGGGAGUGGGCACUGCCAACAUUGCCAAAUCCGUCACUAGCGACAAGGCAUCGACGAAACAGGACAAAAAGGCACGCAAAGCUGCUGAGAAAGCCGAAAAGGAAGAGCAGAAGCGUUUGAAGAGGGAAGCGCAGCGCAAGGCUGCUGAAGAGACGCAGGCUCUUGCUAAUCAGCGCCUCCUCGCCGCGCAGCAAGCUGCUGCAGAGACCCAAGCGCGUGCUGAGAAGCUCAAGACUGAUCAGCAACGUGCUGAAGAGGCAGCAGAGGCUGACAGACUGCGACAGCGACAAGAGCGGGAAGCUGCGGAACAGCAGGCCAGAGAGUCAAAGGAGCUUGAACGCAGAAACUCGAAGUUGAAGCGAUCGGAGAGCAAGAAGGCCUCUAAAGCAGCAGCGCAGACUGCGGCAGCAGCUGCUGCUGGCUCGGCUACUCUUCAUGAGCUUGUCGAAGAGCACGAGCAACAGGAGGCUGCCAAGGCGGCCCAAGCCGAACGCGACGAAAAACAUGCAAGGGACCAUGAUAAGGCGGAAGCCGAGCUGCGCGCCAAGGAGGAAGCUGACAAGGCUGCCGCUGCCGCUGCUGGAGGUGCUGCCCUGGAGCAUCUGGCCUUGCAGGUCAAACACAACAGUGAACAGGAAGCCGAAAAGGAAGCGAAAGCGGCUGAGGAGAAGCAAAAAGCAGAGUCGGCUGCUGCAUUGGCUGGUGGGGAUGCUUUGGCAAAGCUGGCUAGCAAGGUGAAGCACGACACUGAGAAGGAGCGAAAGCAUGAUGAUGAAGCUGUUGCUGCCGCUGCUGAAGCUCUCGACGAGAUCGUCAAGCGCCACGAGCGUGAGCGCGCCGAAUUGUCGGAGCGGAAACAGCGCGAGCAUGAGGAAGCUGCUUCGAAGGGCGCGGACGCGCUUGCGGCGCUUGUUGCGAAGCACAAAGAAGACUCGGAGGCUGAAGCUAGAGCAGAGCAAGAAAGAGCACAACGAGAGCAAGAAGCGCGCGAGAAGAACGAGAAAGCCAGAGACGCGCAAAAAGCAGCUGCUGCGGCGGCUGGAGGCGGUGCGCUCGCUGAGCUGAUCGCAGCACGUCAAAAGGAGGAGCAAGACGCUGCUGAGCGCGCAAAAGAGAUACACGAGUUGGAGCAGCGUGCAGCGGCGGCAGCGAUCGCUCAGCGCAAGGCUGAAGAAGCCAAGCGCAAGGAACGUGAAACCCAAGAGAAGGAAGCAGCUGAGCUUGCAGCUCGGCAGAGGCAAAUGCUUGCUGAAAAAGAAGAGAAGCAGCGGCUUCGAGAUGAGCAAGACAAAGCUGCAGCUCUGGCCGAGGAGAAGCGUAAGGCAGAGGAGGAGGCCGCCGCUGCUAAGGCUCGCGAGGCGGAGGAGGCCGCGCAGAGGCAGCGCAAAGAAGAAGAGGUCGCUGCUGCAGCAAAGCAGCGUGAAGCAGAGGAAGCAGCCGAAAAGCAGCGACAGGAAGAAAAGGCUGCCGCCGAAAGACAGAGAAAGGAGGAGGAGUCUGCCGCUGCUGAACAGCAGCGUGAAGCCGAUGAAGCCGCGGCGAGGAAACGGAAAGAAGAGGAGCUAGCUGCGGCAGCAGCAGCUGCAUCUGCUGCCGCUGCCACCGCCGAGCUAGAAAAGCAGAGGAAGGCAGCGGAAGAACAGCACAAAAAAGAAGAAGCCGAGGCCCAGAAACGAGCCGAGGCUUUGCGCGCUGCGGAGGAAAAGAAGCGCAAAGAAGAUGAGAAAGCCCGAAAAGACAAAGAAGCUGCCGACAAGAAGCGAGCCAAGGAGGAGAAGAAGAAAGCGAAAGAAGCUGCUGCGGCCGCCGCCGCUGAGGAGAAGAAACGCAAGAAGCAGCUCGAAAAGGAUGCCAAAGAGGCCAAGAAAGCCUCUGAACUCCAGCGCAAGAACGAGCUCGAGGAGCAGAAGGCCCGAGAAGCUCAAGCUCAGGAAGUAGCGGACGCCAAAACGAAAGCUGAUUCGGAGGCAGCCGCUGCAGCAGUCGUCAAUGCUGGCAGAGCAGAGCCUUCUCAGGUCAGGAGCGCAGAGACUUCUGUAACGCCCGAGACUCCAAAUGGAGGCCAGCAGUCCCGAAAUGAUGACGAAGAAGCCCUGGGAGCUGGAGCUAUCGCGGUUGGAGGCGCGGCUGGGCUAGCAGCUUACAGCGGCACGAAGAAAGACAAGGGCAAAGGCAAGGCAGUGGAAGACGGCCAAACUGGAGCCGAUGAGCCCUUAGUCGAGUCAUUGAAGCCAAGCGCGGCGGUUGCAAGUCAAAGUCAGCACGUGCAGGACGCUUCAGACACUUCGGGUGCUUCCAAGAGGCAAGGUUGGGCAAGCAUGCUGUUCAAGACCCGCCUGGGUGACAACGUCCCCCUUUCCAACGCAGGAGAAGCAGGCGUAGACAAGAGCCAAAUUGGCAAACCUCGACCUGCUGAAGACAAGAAAGCAGCUUCCAAGGUGCUGAACACGGUCGCGCAGCCUGAGGCAGUCUCGCAGCCGGCCCCCGUGACAAAGGAUGUCAAAUCAAAUCGCCAAAGCAGUCAAGUGGCUGCGUCAUCCGCCGAUGGCUGCGCCUUGGAUGCACAGGUGCCUCCUGAGCUACUUGCAAAGGUUCAAGCUGACAAGAAGGCAUCCAAGCGCUCGUCGAAGUCGCAACUCUCUGCUGCGUCUACCGAUGAUGCCCAACGUGCUUCGGGCCUCUCAGCGUUCGGCAAUAAGCUGGGUUGGGCUUCGCUCACCCAUCUCAACAAGGACGACCAGGCAGCCCCUAAGCCCAUCAGCAAGGAUACCUCUCCGCCUGCAACGCCUGCCAAGAGCAAGCUCUCGGUCAAGAAGAGCAAAGACAAGUCUGCUCAGGUUGCUGCCCCAUCCGCGGGAAACACCAGCAGGUUUGUCGAGCCGCCUGGAAUUCAGCGCGGAGAGUACAUCGAACACGUCAAUCCCAGAUUCGCAAAGACCACGGCUUCGGCUCCCGCGGUGCAAUGGCGGUAA